GAAAAUUACCGUUGGCAAUUCUGUUCGAAGAAUAACUUGUCAAUGAGUGCGUCUUCGUAAUAUGGCUACGAAUAAUUAUUUUGGCUUUGCACAUGGUGGAACUCAAUAUAGUGCUGCGGCCGCCACUGGGGCCGCUUAUCAAGCAGGUCAAGCUGGAUAUGCUGUAGCUACACCCGCCACUGCUGCUGCAGCUGCUACUUACGGUACUCAACGACCUGCAGGGUACGAGACAGCGUACCAAGCGGCUGCGGCGACGCCGGGAACUUAUGCCGCUGUGGGUACAGGUACGACACCUGCUUACGAGUACGGUUACGGUAGGCCAGCAGCGGCGACUACUGGUUAUCCGGACGCUGGUAAAACUUACUAUCAGCAGACGGCCGCAGGACAAGCAGCCCAAGCCGCUGGUUACACGGCUGCUGGAUACGAUCAGACGGCCGCCACUGCAAAACCGACAAGUUACACUGCAACAUACACCCAGAGAACGGCUGCUCAACCACAAGCACAGGCCGCGACCGUGACGGCAAAACCGACGCAGUAUACAGGAACUUACCAGGCCAACGCAACCGGAUAUCAAGCGACUUACGCCCAACCAGCCGCGCAGACUACCAUAGCUGCUCAACCAACAACUCAAGCUAAACCGACAUAUUCAGGAUACGACGCCGCUUUAUAUUCCGCAGCCACUAUGUACGUGGCUCAACAAUCAAGUGGAGCGAAUCAACAGAAAGCUGCAGGUUGGCAGGGUUAUAAAAAAGGUGGUGGGGGCGCAAAGAAUAUGCGUACGAAAGCGCCACCGAAACCGCAACAAUUACACUAUUGUGAUGUGUGUAAGAUUAGUUGCGCCGGUCCGCAAACUUAUAGAGAGCAUUUAGAGGGUCAGAAACACAAAAAAAGGGAGGCCGCAACUAAAAUGACGGCAACAGUAGCUAAUACGAAUCAAAAUCGCGCGGGAAAUUCGCUAAGAUGUCAACUGUGUGAUGUUACAUGCACAGGUAACGAUGCUUAUGCUGCCCAUAUUAGAGGUGCAAAGCAUUCGAAAGUCGUAAUGUUACACACAAAGCUGGGGAAACCGAUUCCGCCCCAGGAGCCGGAAAUAAUUGGGGGUCCACGUAAGUCGGUCAGCUCUACUCCUAAAAUAAAUUUUGUGCAGAGCGGUAGUUUGGGCAUGUCUACAGGCAACGGGGAUCUAAAAGAAGAGGAAGUUGAUGAUACCCCAGAACCCGAUAUUCAACCAGUCGGACAGGAUUACAUUGAAGAAAUUAAAAGUGAAGAUGGAAAAGUGAUUAGUUUUAAUUGUAAACUCUGUGAGUGCCGAUUCAAUGAUCCAAAUGCCAAAGAAAUGCAUAUGAAAGGUCGAAGACACCGGCUUCAAUACAAAAAGAAGGUUAAUCCAGAUUUGGUUGUUGAUGUUAAACCGUCCCUCAGGCAAAGGAAGAUUCAAGAAGAAAAAAUGAGACGUGCUGCAUUAAGAGAAGAAUAUUGGCAACGUAGACACAUGGCAGCCGAAGAUGAAGAAGAACGUAUGUAUUGGGAAGAAAGGCGACGAUACGAAGAAGAUUACAUGGAAUGGUGUCGUAGAGGAAACAUGGGACCUUUUCCAAGGGGAAGACCACCUUUCCCUGGAAGUGGACCCCCACCGUUUUAUCAAGGACAACAAAUGGCGCGUCGAAUGGAAUCGAGCGAUGAUAGACACGUGAUGGCGCGACACUCAGAGAUUUACCCCAAAGAAGAAGAAUUACAAGCUAUUCAACGUAUCGUAUCUCACACUGAAAGAGCCCUAAAAAUAGUUUCGGAUCAAAUGGCAGAAACUAUUUUAAAAGAUGAUCAAAGUGGAGCGGUGCAACCAACAGGAAAUGGACAAGAUGAACAAAAGGGUGAAGAAGUGAAAAAUAUUGAACAAAAAGAAGAUGGAAGAGAUAAUCAAUUAUUUUCGUUCCAACAAGAUCGAGAUACAGCGAGAAUGUUAAAAGGGGUGAUGCGCGUCGGUCAUUUAGCAAAAGGUCUCUUACUUCGCGAUGAUACAAACGUUGAAUUGGUCGUGUUAUGUUCCGAUAAACCGACAUUGACCCUCCUCCGCAAAGUAGUCGAGUUACUUCCUGCCGCUUUGAAACAAGUCAAUAACGGCGAUCAACAACAACAACCACCUUUGCCGAAAAACGAUCAGAAUUACGCGGUGACGAUUAACGCAGCUGAAGCUGGAUUUACGGUAUCUGCUGAUUCGUUGACAGUUUUGGUUCAGUUGACGAGUCCGGUGAUGCGCGAGCAAGAAGCUGCGAGCGGCGGGUCGGACCGGGACGUUCUCGCACGCGGCAAGUGUCUCCAGGCGCUGGCAGCCCUCAGACAUACCAAAUGGUUCCAGGCUAGGGCGUUGGGUUUGCAUUCUUGCGUGGUCAUUAUUCGUAUUUUACGAGAUUUAUGCCAACGUGUACCAACUUGGGGACCUCUAAGUCCUUGGGCAAUGGAACUUUUGGUGGAAAAAGUAAUAUCUUCAGUACCAGGACAAAUUCAAUUAUCGCCUGGAGAUGCACUUCGCCGCGUGAUGGAAGCAGUAUCGGAAGGACUUCUACUACCCGGAGGACCAGGAUUGGGAGAUCCUUGCGAAAAGGAUAACCCGGAUGCAGCAGCCGCAUUAACAGCUCAACAAAGAGAAGAUUUAACUUGUUCCGCGCAAUAUGCACUUAGGUUAAUUGCAUAUAGGCAAAUACACAAAGUACUAGGUAUGGAUCCUUUACCUGCGUUACAAAAAACGUUCCGUCGUGAUCGGUCGGCCAGGAAACGUAGACGUUCCGGUGGUGAACAACAAGAUUCCGAAAACUUUUCGACAGGUGACAGUGGGAAAAUGGUGAAAACGGAGGGAACGGAAGUUGUUCCACCCACAGUUGUUCCGGAUCCAUCCGCUCCUAAAUAAACUCACUUUCAUCUGAAUCUUAGCGAAUAGCGCCCGUGCUAUCCAUAUUGGAAAUAGUGCGUUUUAUUUUAAUUUCCAAUCCGUUUCGAGUUCAUUUUUCUCGUCGAUUUAUUUCUAUCAUACUACGAAAUGUGUAGAAGUAAACGUUGUGGGGAAACGUUUUUGUUGAAUUGAAUGAUUUAAAAAGAGAACACCUAUUGAGCAAAAUAAUUGAUGUAUGGAUUUACGAAUUAAUCUUCUUAUUUAAGUUUUUUAAUGCAGAAUGUUACUUUGUAUGUGUGGUUGAAUAAAUAAAUACAUUCUCUGUGGAA